UUGAACAACCCGUUAAAAUGUUAGUUUUUUGAGCACUUUACCAUUGUUAUUUGUCUAUAUUUUUCUUAAACAUAUUUGCGCAAAAAUAUUUUCUAAAUAGUUCUUUUCACUUCGUUAUCAAGAUUAAAGAAGAUAUUUUAUGAAUUAAACUACAACGAAUGAGAAUUCCAGAAAUAAUAGUUGGACCAAUGAACAAAUUAUUCUUCUGAAGCUGUUGAAGAACGAUUACCGGCUUUCACUUUCUCAGAGGAUUUUCUUUUCCACGUCUGGUAAAUUUUUAUUACAAUAUUAUUCACAAUAGUGCGAUGGCCGAGUCUAGUAAUUUGGAUCGGCAAAUUGAGCAAUUAAAGAAAUGUGAAAUUAUUACUGAAGCUGAAGUUAAAGCGUUAUGUGCUAAAGCACGUGAAAUUCUCAUCGAAGAAAGCAAUGUACAACGAGUAGACUCACCAGUUACCGUAUGUGGAGAUAUUCAUGGACAGUUUUAUGAUCUUAAAGAGUUAUUCAAAGUUGGUGGUGACGUUCCUGAAACAAAUUAUUUGUUUAUGGGAGAUUUUGUAGAUAGAGGAUUUUUUAGCGUUGAAACAUUUCUUCUUUUACUAGCUCUUAAAGUUCGUUAUCCAGAUAGAAUUACAUUAAUAAGAGGUAAUCACGAAUCAAGACAAAUUACCCAAGUAUACGGUUUUUAUGACGAAUGUCUUAGAAAAUAUGGCAGUAAUACAGUAUGGCGUCAUUGUACAGAAAUUUUUGAUUAUCUUUCACUUUCUGCAAUUAUUGAUGGCAAAAUAUUUUGUGUUCAUGGAGGUCUUUCGCCUAGCAUACAAACACUCGACCAGAUUCGCAUCAUAGAUAGAAAACAAGAAGUUCCACACGACGGUCCUAUGUGCGAUCUUUUAUGGUCUGAUCCAGAAGAGACACAGGGCUGGGGAGUUUCACCUCGUGGAGCUGGAUAUCUUUUUGGUAGUGAUGUGGUAGCACAGUUCAAUUCUGCUAAUGAUAUAGAUAUGAUUUGUAGAGCUCAUCAAUUAGUUAUGGAAGGUUAUAAGUGGCACUUUAAUGAAACUGUACUUACAGUAUGGUCAGCUCCAAACUACUGUUAUAGAUGUGGUAACGUAGCUGCUAUAUUGGAAUUAAACGAACACUUACAAAGGGAUUUCACGAUAUUUGAAGCAGCACCACAAGAAAGUAGAGGGACACCAAGCAAAAAACCCCAAGCUGAUUACUUUUUGUGAAGUAUUGAUUUUUAAGAAAAUCAUUGUCAUUUUUUAGAUAAAUAUUUUAAAAGAUGCUAAACAUUUUUUAUGAAAAGACUUUGAUUGAUUAAAUACGAAUUUUUAUGACGACGGAAAAUCAACUAUGCAAAUAAAAGUGCUUCGUAUUAAAUUUAAAUAUACCAAUAAAUUCCUGUAAUUUAUAUAGCGCGCAUUUUUA